AUGUCAACUCCGGAUUGGCUAACUAAAGAACAUAUCUUUCUCCUUUCAAAAACAUAUGCCAAAUGGCAACCCAUUAUUCAUGCAAGAUGAUCAAAAGCCCCACACAUCCCCUGUUUCUUCAUCUCAUUGACUAUAACCUGAUUAAUCAAUUCGUUUGACAACAACAACAACGACAAUUUAGUAGAAACACUGUUUUGAGCUCUAAAUUUUGUCCAACAAUGGCAUCUCUUACAACCUGCGCACCCGCCGCAGCCACCGUCAAAGGCCUCGGAGGCAGUUCACUCACUGGGACUAAGCUUACCCUCAAGCCUUCUCGCGCGAGUUUCAGACCCACUUCAAACAGAGCUGGUGCUGUGGUAGCUAAAUACGGCGACAAAAGUGUGUACUUUGAUUUGGAAGAUUUGGGCAACACCACUGGUCAAUGGGACGUGUAUGGCUCUGAUGCCCCCUCACCUUACAAUUCCCUCCAGAGCAAGUUCUUUGAGACAUUCGCUGCGCCUUUUACCAAGAGAGGAGUGUUGCUUAAAUUCUUGUUAUUGGGAGGUGGUUCAACUCUUGCUUACUUCAGCUCCACUGCAACCGGAGACGUCCUACCGAUUGUUAAGGGCCCACAACAAAAACCGAAGCUCGGCCCACGUGGCAAGAUCUAAUUGGAUCAACAAUCUCAAGUCUUGUUAGUAUGAGUUAAAUGUAUCUUUGCUAUAUAGCUUGUAAGUAUGUCUGAUUUCUGCUUAUAAGAUCUCAUCAAUUUUCCAUGUUAUGGUCGUUUGAGAAAUGACUAGUUAUGGUUUGUGUAACUAUUUUUGGUUCAAAAGUUGUGAUUGUUUGAAUUUUUUUGCGUUUUCCAUGUUGCAACUAAUCCAUAAAUAGACUUGGUCAAGAUUAUAUAAUAAUGCCAAAUGUAAUAAAUAGCAAUGUACUUUCAUUAAUCUGUGUAUUAUAACACUCUACUUUCGUUUCUUUUUAUUACAACAUUGUACCUUUUGCAUUUUUUUUCUUAUAAAA